GGUGCCGCCCUGCGCAUGCGUGACGCCCUGCCCGACUCCGGGCGCUUGCGCGCGUUGCCGCCGCAGGGCCGUGCGGGAGCCAUGGCGCCGCCGGGGCCGGGGCCGGCCGGGCCGUGCCUGCGUUCCGCCAACACGCGCGAGCUCUCCGAGGUCAUGUUCAACAACCGCAGCCCGCGCGCCGUGCUCCCCAUCUGGGUGGACUUCGAGGGCCGGCCGCGCUACUACCCCGUGCUGCGGCCGCGCACCGGGCGGAUCAUGCAUAGCUACCGCGGGCACCUGUGGCUGUUCCGCGACGCGGGCACGCACGACGGGCUGCUCGUCAACCGGCAGGAGCUGUUCGUGGCCGCGCCCGACGUGAGCAAGGCCGACAUCACGCUGCCAGUGUUCACGCUGAAGGAGCGGUGCCUGCAGGUGGUGCGCAGCCUGGUCAGGCCGGGGGACUACCGCAAGCUGGACAUCGUGCGCUCGCUCUACGAGGAGCUGGAGGACCACCCCGACGUCAAGAAGGACCUGCAGCGGCUCUCCCUGGAGAGAAGCGAAAUGUUACGGGACGAAAUCCCCAAAUAAAAGGGAUGUGCAUUCCAAGCCGUGUAGAUAGCAAAGCACCGAGCUUAGGAGGGACAGUCACUGUGAAGUGUGCCGAGAUCUAACGUCUGUAUCGAAGUUCUGGAACAAACUCAGUUGUAUUGUAGAACAUUUGCUAUGCUGGUUGAUCAGAUUCCAAAGAGCAAACAGUGUGCAGGGCUCAGCUCCUGGUGUCAUGCAUUGCUGAGCAGUGACUCUAGUGGCCUGGCACAGAUGGGGCUCAGAGAAGUUUGCUAUGGACUAUUUCAGGACAUUCCAUAGUAACACAAGAUUGGGUUAUCUGUCUGGAGAAAAUGCAUGCAGCUCAACUUCCUCUGUGUUAGAAAGAAAAUUACGCCAAGGAUUAACUUAAUCCAGACUCUAAAAUCAGUGGCAAAGCAGCACCAGGUUUGCUUGAAUGAUUUGUUUUUGGUGGAAAUUCACUCUCUCACACACUAAAUUUACUUUUGAACUGCAAAGCAUGGAGCGUGUUCAUGUGAGAGCUUCCACCAUGGCCUUCUGAGGGCCUGGCCCAAAACUGUGCUGGUGGAAAGAUGACUGUAAGCACUUGGGCUUCUUUGUGUUCAUCAACCCUCGUUGUAGCAACACUGAGGCUGACAAAUUUUUACACAGAACAUGCCUUGAAUGCCUUAUUUGUCCUUUGUUACUGAAUUCCUUCUUGGUUUAUCUCUAGGUGAUGAAACCAUGUCAGCCAUAGAGACUGCAUCUUGGUUUUGGGACCCCUUUCUGCUCUGCACCUCCGUGCCUGCACCCUCAGCUCCCAUGCUGGUAUUCCAGGGAGUGUUCCCAGAAGCUGGGUGCUCUGAGCCCCACCUUGUCCCUUGUCCCAGGGAUUGGUCUUGGGUAGCAUGGUCUGCCCAGGCUGCCGGUGCCCCCUGAGGCGCAGAAGCUUGCCUCAGCUGCAGGCCUGGCUCCCCCUAGCAGAGCUGUGCUUUUCAGCAGGCCAGCUGCACAGAGAGAAAGGUUCUUUGCCUAUAUAUUCUCUUCCACCAUACCUCAAAUACGCAAAUGUGUGUCUGUAUGCCUCUGUGCAUAACUCAAAGCAGUGUUGUUUUUAGCAGAUAGGUGAAUUGUUCCCCCGGCCGCAGGCAGGUGCAGUGUUGCUAGCAGAUAGUAGCAGGCUGUUCUGCGGCAUAAGGUUCUUCACAUUAUGCAAAGAGCUGUAAAACUGAGAAUAUUGACAUAUUCUUUAAGUAUGCAAUGUCUGCCCUUCUUGUGGACUUGUUUUUUCUUAAAUGUUUAUGUAUGAACUGAUCUUUGUUUCUCAUAAAAAUGUAAAUCCAUGUUGACUCUUUGACUC